AUGGAAGAGGGAAAUCACUCGGUGUUGACUGAGUUCAUUCUCACAGGUCUGACAGAUCGUCCGGAGUUGCAGCUCCCCCUGUUUGGGGUGUUCCUUCUGAUUUAUGUUAUCACCCUACUAGGAAACGGGGCGAUGAUCUUUUUAAUCAUCACUGAUCCCCGACUCCACACUCCCAUGUACUUUUUCCUUGGCAAUUUGUCUUUCUGGGACCUCUGCUAUUCCUCCAUAAUUUCCCCCAAAAUGCUGCAGAAUUUCAUAGACAAGAAGAACAGCAUUUCUUACACUGCCUGCGCUGUGCAAUUGUAUUUCUUUCUUUAUUGUGUAGAUAUGGAGUGUCUCUUGUUGGCUGUGAUGGCGUACGACCGUUAUGUAGCCAUCUGUUAUCCGCUGCUGUAUACGGUCACCAUGUCCAGACAGCGCUGUAACCUUCUGGUGGCUGGGGUGUGUGCUGUGGGGUUGGUGGAUUCAAUGAUACUCACGUAUUAUACAUUCAGUCUGUCAUUCUGCCGCUCCAAUAUCAUCAACCAUUUCUGCUGUGACACCCCCCCACUGCUGGCACUCUCCUGCUCAGAUACCCGCACCCUUGAGAUUGUGAUGGUUGCCUCUAUGUGCUACAUUGAAGUGACCAGCAUUGUGACUGUCCUCCUCUCUUAUGUCUAUAUCUUUUCCACUAUCUUGAGGAUCCGCUCUGCCAAGGGCUGGCGCAAAGCCCUCUCCACCUGUGCUUCCCACUUGUGCGCGGUGGUCAUAUUUUAUGGCACUGUCCUUUUCAUGUAUUUCCGACCCUCCUCCAGUUAUUCCAUGGACACGGACAAGGUAGCUUCAGUGUUUUACAUGCUGGUGAUCCCCAUGUUGAACCCCCUCAUCUACAGCCUGAGGAAUAAGGAAGUGAAGGACGCCAUAAGAAAAGCCAUGAAUAAACUCCUGACCGAUUCUUAA